ACUACAUUCCUGCAUCAAAGCUUCCGAAUAACGCAAUAGAAAGGGCAACAAAAGCAGAAGAAGAAAUAUAGACCGUCGCCAAGGGAGAGGAAGGAACAUAGAGCUCAGCGAAGUGAGAGGAAGCUGAACUUUCGAUAAAAAUAAACGUACGUAAGUGAUACUUGAAACGGGUAUCAGAUCAGGUGGGUGCAUUUCUUGUCUUUUGUUGUGCAGUGUUCCUUGUCACUUCGCAUAGGUAUUCAUGUGCAUAUUCGCAUUCCUUUGCCUUUCUUACAUCGCUCUCACCGACUUGCUCCAUAACUUGCUAGAUCUCAGAAAUUCGACAUGAGCAGCUUGGGGAAUGUGAAUCACGAGGACCUGCCUGAACUUGUCCGGGUCUUUCAUCUGCAACGAAAUGGCCUGGGCACCAGAAGGAAUGAAAAUGAAAAUAGAAGUACGAGUACGACUUUUAGUGGUAGCAGCUGUUGGUAUAAUACGACGAAGGGAGACUGCCAUGGGAAUGUUACAGGGAAAGACCACAUACACUGCUUCGAUUACAAAGCAGCCACCAAAUUGCUUCGCGAAAAACCGGGGCAAGUGCAAUAUGUUAUCUACGAUGGAUGGACAAACACGAACCGUUGCCAACACGAACACGACGGCUCGUCCUCUUCGGUUUUUGGUAGCAACAAGAGCUCCGUGGAACACAGCGGGGGCGGCAACGUAUUCAACAGCAAGUGCAACUUUUUGCAUACGCCACUCGGAUGGGCCUGCGUCGAAACAACACAAGAAGAAGACGCUAUGGAAUUCUUGAGAACGGUUCGUGACAUCGAUCCAACGCUAUUCUUGGUGCAGGAUCGCCAUGGCGCCCUGCCCAUCGAGGGCGAUUGCAUUCUCAACGCCUCGAUGCCGAUGCUCCGCUUUUUGCUGGAGAUCUAUCUAGAUUACGAUUUUUUUUGUCCAAACGGCCCCAAGGUAACCGAGGACAAUUUCAAUCCGCUCACCUGCCUCUGCGGAUCUUGCUGGUGGGAAGACCUACAGCAGGCCCAUAGAGAAAUCACCUCGGGGGAUCGCAUAGUGAAAGGAAGAUCUGUUCUCGAAGACAACCUCGGAAUCGACGAUAAUUUCUGGGCCCGGAUCAUACUCCUGGCCAAGGCCUUUUACCACAAGACCAUAGACGAUGUACACGAGAGCAAUAGCAGUGCCGGACUGAACUAUCCACCCCAGCUGCUGCGCAUUUCCAACGAAUACGGAGAUCGAACCAUACGAUUCCGACUCUUGCACGCUUGCGCCGGCAUCGAUUGGUUUCCCCCGAAUCUUCUUCGGCUCCUGGUAACUGCCUUUCCGGAUACUCUCUUGGACCGCGACGAAGACGGAAACCUUCCGAUCCACGUUGCAGCUUCGGGGGUCUUCGAUUCCUACAAGAUCGAUGCGACCUGGGAAGGCGACCUACAGGCAAAUUCCGGUUACCAGAGAACAACCAUUGAUAUCUUUUUGGAGGCCAAUCCGAACCUGGCCCGCGUCCCCAACGAAGAGGGAAAGCUUCCUCUCGAGCUGGCCCUCGAGUGCGAAUACGAACCAAUCAACGACUCCACCUCUCCGGACGACGCCAUCUAUAGCAGACCCACGACCAGGCCCUGGGUAGACGGCGGAAUCCAGAGCCUCCUGCAAGCAUUUCCCGCGGCGGCUGGAAUCAGAAGCCUCGCCAACCGAAAGCUGCCGCUCGAGAUCGCGAUCGAGAACCACCGGGAGUGGGAGGACGGCAUCAGAGACCUUCUCGAGGCCUAUCCGGCAGCGACGAGAUCUUGCAACCCUUUCACCGGCAAGUUCCCGCUGGAGCUGGCCAUCGAAAAGGAAAUCCACUUUGACGAAGGUGUCUACGGCCUUCUGGAGGCCUCCCCUGCGAUGGUCACGGACGAGAGCGGUUGCAUGAGACUAUCAAGGACAGGGUCGGAGGCGUCCCCCAAAAACACGGAUUCGGCCGACAGCACGACAACGACACUUCCGCUGUUUGCCCAGUCCGCCGCCGAGGGUUGUUCGGUCUCGGUCAUCUACAAGCUCUUGCGCACGUGGCCACAAUCUUGCAGGAUUUCCCCAAGAUGCGGGACCAAACCGAAGAGCGAGCAGCUCGGUGCUAGAACGACAAGGAGAACAGCUACUACUGUGUUUUGUGAUGUGCCUUCGGGGAAGAGGCAGAAAACAUCACCACACGAUAGGACGACGGAUACUAGGGAUGGAUUCCAAACAAAUGAUAUCGAGCACGAUUGAUAGAUAUUGAGAAAACGAAUACCUGUCAAAACAGAACGAGCGAAACCUUGCAUUUACAACAAGGC